CAGUUUCAUUUGUUCUGGUAGGAGAAACUCAGACGUGAAGAAACCGUUUCCCAGCAAGUCACAACAACGAAUUAACUUGUUUUUUUGUUGUCUAAAAUAUUUGUAGUUGUGUUUAAAUUAUUGUUUGGGAGACUUUAAAGGUUUCUGAACACGGAGAGACUGAAAAGAAAGCCGCCAUGUCGUCGCCGUUGGAGAUGACAGAGAUGUACGACAACGCUCUUCUGGGGAUCCUGCAGCACGUCGGGAACAUCCAGGACUUCUUACAGAUCUAUUUCGGGUUCUUGUAUCGUAAGACGGACUUUUACCGUCUGCUGUCCGGACCCAACGACCAGAUGGGCUUCCCUCCUGGUGUGGCGGAGAAGAUGGUGUUAAAGACGUUUAAGCUGUUUGAGAAGGUGGCGGAGCAGGACAGAGAGAGGCAGCAGAGCGAGGUGCGGAGGAGACAGGAGAGACGAUGCGUUCCUCCUCCGGUCGUCCAGGAGCUGGAGGUCUCCACAGAGGAGACGGCGGGGCAGAGCACAGAGGCUGAGAGCGCUUCAUCAGAGCCUCAGAGUGUUUCAGUCCCGACCUCAGAAGACAAAGUAGACCCUCAGCCUGACAGCAGCGGUGGCGGCGGAGGUCCAGGAGAGUCAAAGCAGGGAGACCAGGCAGCUGCAUCGAGCACAAACUCAGCAGAGGGGGGUCAGGAUACGUUUCAGUCCAACCCUGACAGCUACAACGGAGCGGUGAGAGAAAACUACAGCUGGUCUCAGGACUACACCGACGUGGAGAUCCGAGUGUUUGUGCCAAAGAGCGUGGUUAAAGGACGACAGGUCAGCGUGAGUCUGCAGCCCGGCAGCAUGAGAGUGUGUGUGAGGGAGGGGGCUGAGGAGAGACCCCUGAUGGAGGGAGAGUUCACACACAAGAUCAACACUGAAAACUCUCUGUGGAGUCUGGAGCCUGGAAACUGUGUGGUGCUGUCGCUCAGUAAGACCUCGGAGGUUUGGUGGAACGCCGUGCUGAAAGGAGAGAAGGAGAUCGACAUAAACCAAAUAAACCGCGAGCGCUCCAUGGCGACAGUGGACGAGGAGGAGCACGCCGUCCUGGACCGACUCACCUUCGACUACAACCAGAAGCUGCAGGGCAAACCGCAGAGUCACGAAAUGAAGGUGCACGACAUGCUGAAGAAGGGCUGGGACGCUGAGGGCUCGCCGUUCAGAGGGCAGCAGUUCGACCCGUCCAUGUUCGACAUCCCGCCAAGCGCCGUGCAGUUCUGAGACUGAACAAAAUGAACUGAUUACUACUUUAUCUACCGGACGAGGGCGCGGUAAAGUCAACGUUUACCCGCUGGAGGUUUGUUGUGGAGGAUCUCAGAUGCUGACGAUGACGUCAUUAUAUCAAACGAUUAUUUGAUGUUCUGACUGAAUGAAAUCUGAUAAAGAAAACGUGUGCUUUGG